AUGCUUAUGGUGAUGGUUUUUUUAAUGAUAGGCACACUUUAUAGAUGGUCUUUAAUAUUCUAUGGAACAGCAAUGAAUCCCCUUUCGAACAACCCACACGUUCCGCCAACCGCUACAGAUAUUACAUUUGCAACAAUUAAAACAGCCACAGGCGGUCAACGAACAAGUUCAACCACUUCAACAGAAGAACCAACAAUGGGUAGGUAAAGUUGUUUUACAAUACUGAUUACUCGCGAAGGAUUGCCAGAAACUGAACAAGGGGCAUUGAGUAUAUAGCUGGUCAGUUAAUUUAUUUGACAGCGCACGAGGAUACCAUUUCAAUAAGGCCUGUCGUUGCCGUCUAGUCAGCAAAGGCUCUUGUUAUAGCUGUGAAUCAGUCGUUAUAUGACAGCACAAUUCUGCUGUUUUUGUAUGGAUUUUUGUCAGGUAACUAUUUAACAAGGAAAACGUCGAGCCAACCAAAUUGAAAUGUGAACUGCAUGGUACAUGAGACAUGUGCUCUUGAACAAGAAAGGAAAGAGUAUUUUAAGUACCUAUUCAAAGUAAUUAUGUCGAAUUCAAAACACAUUUAUGUUUCUUCAGUUUUUGACAAUCGUUACAGGCAGUGAAAAGCAGCGAAAUACAAGUAUUAAUCUACUCGCGGCCCGUUCCACGGUAAUUAAUGUUUGAUAUUCAUACAGAAAUCUUGUUUAAGGUGUUGUAGAAGGGUAUAAUUUCCAAAGUUUUCCUGUUAUAAUUCGGUUUGCGGGCGUUUGCAUUUCUUCUUGAGAUACGGUCUUCAUCUAUGGAACAGUGUUGCUGCCUGAGAUCUUUCUGUAAAAUUUAAUGAUUAGAACAAAUCUUAAAAUGUAAAUACUGAAUUGCCAAAUCUUGGUAAAGUUCGCUCUUUAUUUUUGUUCAAACUUGAAACGGUUAGAACUUGUAACAUUAUUUGUUUCACGCUACACGCAGUUUCCUUAGAAAUUAAAUUAACUGACCAGCUAUGUAGUAAGACGACUACUUGCUUGUCUUUUAGCCUACAUCUACACGAACCCAGAUGUAUUCGAAACCGCAUACUUUUUCACACGAAUCGGCUUUCCGUCCACACGAAACCAGUGACUGAUCCGCUCACCGAAACCGCAUUGUUUUGAAACCGCCCUCCAAAGCGGUUUAAGGCCCCGUCCACAAGAAUGCGAAUAAAAAUAUGCGGUUUUAAAAAUGCCCGGAUUCGUGUGGAGAUGGUCUUAUUUAGAAAUAAUUGGAUUCAUUAAAUUUCUGAUAGCCAAAUUUAACUCGUCCAGUUAAUUUCUAAUUGGAUAUUGUGUAGUCUUUUCGAGUAAACUAGUCGGCGGCGGGGAAGGAUGAUAAAAGUAUUUUAUGUUUGCGUUACUGAUUUUACGUGCAGUCCGUAUUAGGGAAACACUGGUUGAGGCAUUCCUUUUACUAAGAGUAUAGACCUUGUUCACGUUUCGUUUGUUGACUUGAUAACGAUUAAAGUGAGACCAAUAAUCUCCCAGUAAUGGUUAAACUGCUGUCCCGUUUGUUUACUCCUAAAAAAUACAACUGAAAUUAUAUUAAGUAACGAAGUGAGAAAUAUUUGAGGACCCACCCACCUUUCCCAGUCAGCAGUGUCCCCACUUUCAUCCUCUCGCGGUGCCAUGCCUAUCAGUGGUGCCAAUUUUUAGAUCAAUGGUGUUAUCCGUCCACAGCGUUAAAGUAGUGGUAGCGUUAAAGAGUGGGUCGUAUCGCAUAAGUGGGAUUCUACAUUCGUACCUGGUCUUUUCUCAUAUAUUUCCCAUUUCGUUUUUUUUUUUUUUUUAAUAUAAUUUCAAUUAAGGAACAGGCCGCUUCGAGGCUUUAACAUAAUUGAGAUCAAUAUUAAACCAGUUGUCUCCCAAUGUUAGUUAAACUGCCGUCUCGUUUAUUUACUCCUUUCGGGACAAGGACGAGUACUACAGCCGCACAGCCGUCCUUCCUAAAGGAUAGGCAGUGUUGGUUUCCGAUUUUUUUUCUUUCUUUUCUAUUUUAUUGUUUUUUUUUUUAAGACGGCUACGAUCUUCUAAGUAAAUAAACGAACUGGCUCAAAGUUUUAUAGCAUGUCCAGCUCUGGUAAUAAUUGGGUUUAGUAUAUACUAAAAUAGUAGAUAGUGUUUUUCGCGUUACUUUAUUUAGCUGGCACGUUCAUAAAUAAGCUUAAAACUAAACUUAAUGGUUUUUUUUACAAAAUGGUUUUAAGAAAUUUCCCCACAAUAACUAAACAAAUGCCUUCAAAAGUUCUAUUUGUCGGCAAGAAAACGCGACGGUCGUUGGAUCAUUUGCGCCCCAAAAGUGUAAUCGUUGUCAGCAUUAAAAAUGAGUUUAGAACCAUCAUUUUUGUGCUCAAUUAUCUCACCGUUUUAGUAUAUACUAAAACAAUUAUUCACCUUAGUGUCGGUGGCUAGUGGUGUAGAAUUUACCUGGCCGCCUCACGGUUCGGUAAAUAUAUCCACCACUAGCAACCCCCACUUCAGUGAAUAAUUGUUAUAUAUCACCAUCCACAUAAAGUAAAUUUUGAUCGAGAGUUUCUUUAGUUUAUGGAAUCCCACUUACGAUUGGUUCAAUGUUUCGCCAAUGCCGACUGAACAAAGUAAUCAAUUUAGCAAUGUUUCCCCAGCCAAGGAAAUUCCGUGCUACAGUAGCCAAUCAAACCGCGCGAAAACUCUUAUCCACUGACUAUUUAACCCAUUCGCUCCUGGAGAUUUUGCCGAAAAACGCGUUUUGAAGGUAGUCGAGUGGUUUUCUGGUCGCUGUCGUGCUAUAAAGAGCUAAAACUUACCACAAACCGGUUUACAGGUCGUACACUUCGCGGUCUUCUGAUCCAGAUGCAAAAUAACAGCUUGCGAAGUUCGGGCAUGCGCAGAAAGCAAAAUUUCGCUUUCUCUCCUCCCUUCUUUUUUCGCUUUUCUUGCCUCAUUUUUUUUUCUCUUGCUGGGCAUUUAGUAGGCUUCAUUUUGGUGGGAAGAGUUUUUAGGAAAGCUUUUAGGAUCUUAGGAUUAGGUCAAAGCAAAGGUAGGUGAGUAAUGGAACAAGAUUUUCAUGGAGAUUUUCAGGUCACUGUCAGGUGGUUUUUUGCUUCUUUCUCCGGUGUCCUUGAUAGAAUUGUGCUCAUUCUGGUAUGGUUUGAAAGAUCUCUUCACUCUACACAAGUUACCGAAGAAAGUUGUCCUUGAACGUUAACACUGAUGACGUCACAAAGGGUAGAAAGGACCUGGAUCUGCACGGGCGGUUACGGGCGGUUCAGGGGCGAAUGGGUUAAAGAAUUAUGCACAUCUCGGAAAGUGUUGGCCGCCUCAGCCGAUAACAGCGUCGUCGAUCUUGCGUAAUUCUCCGUAUCACCCUCAGUGUUAUACAAUAAUUUCUGACUGACAGUUUUUUUAAGAAGUAAGGGGGGUGAGGGGCUUCUAUUAAAUAUAUGGGCUGUCUGUUAUUGUUGCUGUUGAACUUCUCGUGUUAGUACAAUACAUCUAUGUACCAAUCCAGAAGAUUAAGGCAGCCUAGUAAACCAUCGACCCUGUACUCGGCCAAUGUUUGCCCAAGGUGGACUGAACAAGAUAGUUAAUUUACAAUGUUCCCCCAAGCGUCCUGAAUUUACUGUAUUUUAUUUUCUUUCUUUAGCUGUUUGGACAAAAUUUCUCAUCGGCAUGGGUGGAUAUAUCUUCUGGUUCAACAUACCUUGGGCUUUGGGUCUUUGGUUCUAUCUGAAAAGCGUAGGAGACAAACAAGGUGGGUAUUGUGAUAAUACCAGGUCUUCUAGCUAAGGUUGGUUUGCAAAAUCAGAGGCUACUUAUGAUGGCGUGUUGGUUUAAAGUGUUGUCUAUAGAUUGAUUGAAAGAUAUCUCAACUCAUAUUCUGCAGAGCUACCACGAGGCUCUCUCGAGAGGGAAUGUAGCGUGGCGUUGCGUUUCAACGAAAGCCGAAUUCAAUAAUUGCUUUAUUAUUCAUUCAAAAUAAUUCCAAGUUUAAAAACACGCUUAAACAUGCUUACCUCGGUCGAUGAUAAGUUCAUAUCAAUAGUGCAUCUCAAUUAUCGGAAAGUUUAGGGCUGUUCAGGUCGGCCAAUAUACUCGAAAUAGCAGAUGUCGCCCUCGAGUUGUCUUCUUGCUGCUCUUGCCAUGAAAUGAGUACAAAGUUCCGCCAUUACUCACUUCGAAAACAACUCAAACUCGUCCUCAGGUCUUCUCGGUUAAGAGUUCAGUAAUCUGCAACUUUGCUGCAGUAUUGAUCUCAUCGUUCAAUAUGGCAAAAUUCUUCCCAAUUUGGUCAACAGUGGCUGGUUAUGAUGAAUUAUGCGUGUGAUUUUAGCCAAUAAGAAACGGGGAAAUAAUUGGAAUGAAUAAUAAUUGGAUUAAAUUUCUGACAGCCAAAUUUAACUCAUCCAAUAUAUUUCUAAUUGGAUAUUGUGAAGUUUUUUUGAGCUAUUUCGAAAAAAUACCUCAUAUGUCAGUGGUCUGAGCGUAUGUAUCUCUGCGGCUUUGUGGCUUUGUGUGUUCGGAUGUCUGAUGCAGGGGCCAAUAAUGUUGACCUUUAGCCGUCAUAAAAGACGCCAGAUCCCUCGGGAUCUGACAUUAAGUGUAUCCAUGGCGAACAAUUUCGUACAGUCAGCGGUUCGAUGCGUAAGCUCACACUAUCAUUAAUAAAUCUAAUAAAAACAUUAGAAAUUACCACAAAGCAACUAUAAAGUAUUAUUUUACACUUACUCAAACAAAACAAAUUCGAAAGAAGACAGAAACCCAAGUUUUCUUGUUAUUACAUUUUUGCACAAUCAACAGCCGUAAUGUCACAUCACUUUGUCACGCGAAUUCACACAGUGCGAAGAAAUACUGUUCCAAGCUUCUUGUCAAGCCGUACAGCGGACUUUCAAGUGAAAUUCAAACUGCUUAUGUAAGAGUAACAUAAACGGAAGCACUUUCAACAUGGCGGCCGAUGUUUACUUCGGGAAAAAGAUUUAUAAACCUUUCAUUUUGUCGGUAUCUCCACACGUCACAAGAAGACUUCUUUCAACCCAUUUUUCUCGUAUUUUACAUUAGUUGGGAACAGCGAAGAAAGGCUUACGGACGUCAUUUAUAGGCUUAAAACGACCUUUCUUACCUGCUCAAUCGAACUGGAUUUGUGGACUUCAAAUAGAAGCAACUUGUGUUUUGAUUUUGCCGUUCCGCGGGAGCACCUCGGCCCAGUUUUGAAAAGACGUAUGGCGGAUUUCCUCGUAUAGAACAAAUUUUACACCACGUUAGGAAUCUUCUGUUCACUGUGUAUUUGGAAACUACACUGCUCAAAGGCAAAGGUAUACAUGCAUUUUAAGAACUGGAUUUGUGGACCCGAGAUUAAACUUGCUCUUGAGGAGCUAGAGGUCAAUUUUUAACACGGUAAGGCAAAUUCUCAUACAUUUCUCUGUAAUUUUAUUCACAGCGUUUUGAAAGCUAAGUCCAAAAAGUAGCGCGUUUCGCAUGCACGGCCGCCAUGAUGUACGAAAUUGUUCGCCAUGCAUGGUUUUAACAGUGACGUCAUCAAAUUGUAAAGUCAAAAUAGCGAGGUUUUACGAAUUCUUAUUUACACUAGGUUGAAGAUAAACAAAAAGUCAAUCUUUGUACAAGUUUCCAUUCCCGUAGCAUGUUUCAUUUCGAAAAUACAGCAAUUUGAACUUCCGAGUUUUCAUAGGUCGUGACACCAAAAUAGGAAUGCUGUCUCGUUGAAAAAAAAUCAGUCUCCUCUUGAUUUUCAGCAGUAUAACCAUUUCAAGUAUUAGAAGAUAUGUUUAUGCGCACGUAUGCUAGUUCUCGAGUGAAAAGAAAGAACUUUUAUGGAACAAAUGAACUCCAGAUAUUUUGUUGAUUUCCGGCGGCCAUAUUGGCGUCUCCAUACAAAGCUCUUCAAAGGUGCGUGCAACGUUUCGGCAAAUAACUCAGAAACUGUGGGCCACAAAUACCUGAAACUUGAACAAAUUGUUUAAAAAUUAGUCUUUUAUGACAUUUCAUUUUCUUGGCUUUUUCCACUGGACGGUUUCCAAUUUAUUCUUUUGCUGCGUGACAGUGAAAACGAUCUAUACUAGCCACCUCCUCUUCAGUGAAUAAUGGUUAAAUAUCACCAAACAAAUGAAGUAGAUUUUGGUCGAGAGUUUCUUUAAUUUAUGGAAUCCUACUUACGAUUGGUUCAAUGUUUCGCCAAUGCCGACUGAACAAAGUAGUCAAUUUAGCAAUGUUUCUCCAGCCAGGGAGCUACAGUAGCCAAUCAAACCGCGCGAAAACUCUUAUCCACCAACUAUUUGAAGAAUCAUGCACAUCUCGGAAAGUGUUAGCCGCCUCAGCCAAUAACAGCUUCGUCGAUCUUGCGUAAUUCUCCAUAUCAUCCUCAGUCUGAUACAAUAAUUUCUGACUGAGAGCUUUUAUUAGGGGUGGUAGGCGGGGCGGGGGGGGAGCUUGUAUUAAAUAUAUGGGCUGUCUGUUAUUGUUGCUUUUGAACUUCUCGUGUUAGUACUAUAACAUGUAUGUACCAAUACAGAAGUUUAAGGCGGCCUAGUAAACCAUCGGCCCUGUACUCGGCCAAUGUUUGCCCAAGGCGGACUGAACAAAAUAGUUGAUUUACAAUGUUUCCCCCAGCGUCCUGAUUUUACUCUUUUUUAUUUUCUUUCUUUAGAUGAUCUGGAGAAAUUCCUCAUCGUCGUUGGUGCUGUUAUACCUUGGUUUUUGGUUCUUUGGUUCUUUCUGUGGAGCGUAAAAGACAACGGAGGAAACAGUGUUUACGGUCGCUAUUGUGAUAAUACCAUACGUCAGUAUGGCGUAACAACCAGUGAAAACUCUGAUGAAAAAUAUCCGCGCACUCUGAUUUAAGCCCUAAUCCAGAACUCUCAACUCCCACAGAAUCACGCCAUACCACGUGUCUUCUGGGGGGCAAGAGUCCAAGUGGCAAGUUGAUGUCUCGCAAAGAAACUACUGACGAGCCCUAAAAAGGGCGAAACAGCUGUCUAUGGCUACAGUCCCGUUCUGUUUUGAGUUCUUUCGGUGUCGUGUUGAUGUCUUACAAAGUUAAUUUUCAUGUAGUACGAUCAACAUUGCAGUAUUCUGCUUGUAGAAUUUAAUAUGUCUACUUGUUAUUUUUGCUGAUCAGGUCUUUAUAGAUCCUACGUUCGGCAUAUUCGUUUGCGUCCUUUGCAGUCCUUUGUGUUUAAUGUUUGUAGUUAAUGUAUUUUGGGGUCCUAGAUCUUUUAUAGAUCCAAUAUGCUGUAAUUUUUGCACGGUUCUGUCCAUGUUUUUGAGGUUGGCCGUUUUGGCCAAUCCAUUAUUUUCUUUGCGAGACAUCAACUUGACACUUGGACUCUUGCCCCCCUAAAUACACGUGGUAUGGCGUGAUUCUGUGGGUGUUGAGAGUUCUAGAUUAGGGCUUAAAUCAGACUGCGCGGAUAUUUUUCAUCAGAGUUUUCUCUGGUUGUUGCGCCAUACUGACGAGCCCCAAAAAGGGCGAAACAGCUGUCUAUGGCUACAAUCCCGCUCUGUUUUGAGUUCUUUCGGUGUCAUGUUGAUGUCUUGUAAAGUUAAUUUUCACGUAGUACGAUCACCAUUGCAGUAUUCUGCUUGCAGAAUUUAAUAUGUCUUCUUAAUUUACAAUGUUUCCCCCAGCGUCCUCAUUUGACUGUUUUUUAUUUUCUUUCUUUAGUUGAUCUGAAGAAAUUCUUCAUCGUUCUUAUUGGUACUGUUAUACCUUGGGUUUUGGUUGUUUGGUUCUAUCUGAAAAGCGUAGAAGUCAAACAAGAUCAUUGUGAUAAAACCAGGCCUUCUAACCAAGGUUUGUUUGCAAAAUCAAAGGCUACUUAUGAUGACGUGUUGGUUUAAAGUGUUGUCUAUACAUUGAUUGAAGGAUACCUCAACUCACAUUCUGCUGAGCUACUACGAGGCUCCCUCGAGAGGGAAUGUAGCGUUGCGUUGCGUUGCGUUGCGUUGCGUUGCGUUACAGAUACAGGGUGAGCCGGAACUGGACUAGCUUCUUUAGUGGCAGCGUCUCUUAAUAUAAAAAUAUAAUAUUUGCUAGACUCUUUGCUAUGUACGAAAAAAAUGAUAUAAGAAAGGGAUGGGCCUGAUUCCUGAAAGGUUAAUUAGCGCCAAUCAAAGUAAAAAAAAUGAAAUUGUAUUUACCUUUCCACAGUCCAAUUUUGUGUGGUUGUAACGUAGGUCUCAGGGUUAAAGCUUAACAACACUUUCUAAGCUCCAGCCACAUGUUCUUGACGAGAAAACGUUGAUCAAAAUUUGGUAUAACCCUGGGUAAACCCCUUUACUCUGGGUUAAGUCACCAGGAACUGGGCUCAGGUUUAGAAUUUCGAAAAAACUGAUAUUAGACUGUUAAAUGUUUUCUGACCUGUUGGUUGCAGUGUUGUUGGUCGUCAGCCGUUUAAACCGUGAUAUUAAAGGCUAUUUGCAUCAACAGGUCAUUUGACCUCUUGCUUAUGAACGCAAUCGUUAGAAAGACAGAGAAAGACAGUCAGAAAAUUACCGGAAGGACAAGAAAGCAAAUUGUAGAUAUAUCUAUGUAAGAAAGAGAAAGCCGACGAAAAGGUUUUCGAUGUGUAAAGUUCCAUUUUGAUAGAUCGAAUCACUAAUCUUAAUUCUGCAGAUCGAGGAGGGUAUGUAUGGAUAACACCUUCCGAGAUUUGCAGAAUUCUUCAUAUCCUACGAAAGCCGAACUCAAUAAUUGCUUUAUUAUUCAUUCAAAAUAAUUCCAAGUUUAAAAACAAGCGAAAACAUGCUUACCUCGGUCGAUGUUAAGUUCUAAGGGAAGUUUAGGGCUGUUCAGGUAGGCAAAUAUACCCCAAACAGCAGAUGUCGUCCGUCGAGUUGUCUUCUUGCUGUUCUUGCCAUGUUUUUAGACGAAAGCUGGGCGUGAAACGAAUACAAAGUUCCGCCAUUACUCACUUCUGAAACAACUCAAAGGCGUCCCCAGGUCUUCUGGGUUAAUGGUUCAAUAAUCUCCAACUUUGCUGCUGUUUUAACGUCAUCGAUGAGAGAACAAGUGUUCAAAAGUAAAGACUAACCAAGGAGUAGAUGGCCGUUUUUUUUUUUGUUUUUUUUUUUACAAACCAUGGGAGAAAUGUUCAUCGAAAAAGCUGUAAGUAUAUUCGAAUAAUUCAACGAGACAGAAAGGUAAAAAAACUUCAACUCCACAAGUUUCGAGCGCAACGGUAUGCAGAUAUAUGACCAACAAAGGUUGGAAAGCCUUGAAGAGAAAAAGGCGGUGCACACUUCGUGCAGACAUGGUGUCAGAAGGAUUUGCAAACUUUAUACUAAAAGACGACCGUUCGGCAAACUCACGUGAUGUGAAUCCCCAAGAGACCAUCUAGAUCGUAUUUUAUUUAUAUUGGCGAUACAACGUACAAAGAUUCAGCCCCGAAAACACUGGACGAGCUAAGACAGUGAUUACCCUUCGCCUGGAAAAAUUUGCCAUGAGACACGUCUUAAGGGCUCCUACAUUCUAUACCUCAUUGCUUAGAAAAUGUCAGAAAACAUAAAGGAAGCCAUUCUGUUAACUAAUAUUUCAGUUAUUCAAUGUUAAAUGAAUAAUAAAUAAUUAGUUAGUUUAACAAAAGGUAUUUUAAAUAAUCAGGGAAAUUUAAGCAAAGAAGAAAUCGGAACGAACUUUUGAAACACCCUGUAUGUACCAAUCCAGAAGUACAAGGCAGCCCAGUAAACCAUCGGCCCUGUACUAGGCCAAUGUUUGCCCAAGGCGGACUGAACAAGAUAGUUAAUUUACAAUGUUUCCCCAAGCGUCCUGAUUUUACUAUAUUUUAUUGUCUUUCUUUAGCUCCUUGGAAGAAACGCUGCACCUGCAUCUGUUUGUUAGUUAUACCGUGGGUUUUGGUUCCAAGAUUCUGUCGGAAGAGAAUAAGGUGUAACGAGGAAACACAGGUCCACGCAUCAGAAGAAGCAGUGGAGUGA